UAAACAGUGUUUUAUAACUACUAAAGCUGUGAUUGCUAACUACGAUCAGUGUAGUAGACUACUAUCAGUGAUUCAUCAUUGAAGUGUUACGUUCCACUUACUAAUUACGCAGUAUAUAUACUUCCUCUUUUAUUAAUUUGACUAUUUGCACAAUAAUUUUUCCAUUUCGACACCAAUCCAAUGUUCAAGAAUGGAAACGGAAGAGCCAACUGAUAUCUCUGGUGAAAAUGUUAAUUGUUCAUGGACGAAUCAAUAUUCAAACACAAGUAUUGCAGAUUUAUGGUUCGCAGACCAAGUUGCAUUUUGGAGUUUUGUACGAAAUGUAAUUGUUGUCGUUUUCGGAAGCAUUGCGUUCAUUGGCAAUGUUUUCACAUUCAUCGUUGCAUUAGCUACGGAAAAAAUACGUAAGAAAUUCAGUAAUUACCAGAUAAUAAACCUCGCAAUGAAGGACGCCAUAGUGGGGGGAUCAUACGUUUGUAUAUGUGUAACGGCUUUCCAAAAAUUAAAUAUUAUUAUUAUUUUUUCCAUAAUAUUGAAUUUGAUGUGUGUUUCAUCAUCACUCACUAUUAUCAUGAUAGCAAUGGAACGUUGUUUUGCUAUUGUUGCUCCAUUUCAGCAUAGUCGGUACGUAACAACAAAAAUAUUGACCAUUGUAAUAGUCUUGGAUUGGUUUGUAACCAUAAGUUUAUUAGUUAUUACAAUUCAAAUUACAAACGUGCUUAAUGGACUAUAUGUUGUUGCCAGAUAUGUAAUAAUAUGCGCUCCAGUUUUAACCUUUAUCGUAUAUCUUGUGAUUAUUUUAGCUGUGAGGCGACAUGCUUCAAAGAUUAAUCAAUCAGUCCGAAUAUCUCACAGAAAGAAAAGUAAGCAAAAUGUUGAAAUAAUAAAAACUUUCACAUUGGUUGCUGGAAUAUUCAUCAUAUGCUAUUUUCCGUAUGGUGUAGUGAACAUUUUUGUAAACAACAGAGGGUUUUCAUUAGACCUAUUAAGGACUAUUUAUAUUCUUAAUACGCUUAUCCCAUUGAAUUCAGCAGCUAACAUGUUUAUCUACUGGUGGCGGAUUCCAGAAUUUCGAAUGGCUUACAUGCGGGCGCUGUGUUGUCACAGAAAUACAGGUAUUCCACGCUUAGACACACCAAAGAGAAGUAUUUUCUCUAUGGACACACACAUGAGUCUGAUACAAUAGAAAAUACAUUUUCAUUUCAGUCACAAAAGAAUUAAUGAAGGAUGCGGUUUAACUGUUGUAGGCUAUAUUUAUAUAUUGUGUAUAUUUAUAUUCGUUCUGUAGGAUAUUAGGAUAUGUAGUGCAUGUGCUAAUUGAAUAUCACACACAGUAAAUUACUACACUUGUUAACACAUUAGUAUAUGGAAUGUGAAACCAAUUUUAAUAAUAUUUUAUAUUGAUUGGGAAGACAUGAAAAAAAAUUAUAAAGAUGGAAGUGGUAGUAGGCCUAGUUUAAAUUCACAAUUAAGGUGCGGGUGAUUUAUAAAAAGACAAAAAACUAAUGCAGAAAAGACACACCACUGCAAUUAACUAUUCUUUUGCAAGUAUCACUUGUAGUUUACAGUAUAUAAGAUAAUACCAACACAGCAUUGCAGUGUUAAUUAAGAAAUUACAUUAAAUAUAAAAACAGUAGUUCUACAAAAAAGUGAUAAAACAAAUAUCAUUAAUAUAUUGUAAAUAUAAAUUUUUAAUGGGUAGUUACAUGGUUAAAAUCAAUUUCAUAAACUUUGUUCUUACUUAGUCCUAAUAUAGAAUUGUCAUAUUUAUUUAUAGACUUUUCAAUAAUUUAUUCCGAUCCUAUAUUGUACUGCAAUAUUAUUUAAUAACUAAUUUUAUAUAGUAACUGAAAUUGUAAUGCUAUAUACCAUCACGUACAAAUUACUAUUGGGACAAAAUUGUGGCGUAAAGCAAUUUGCGUUAUUUCACAAGGUUUUUUUUUUUUUUAUCAAUAACUAAAUUAAUCAUUCAAUAAACUUAAGUAAUCUA